AUGGUCAUCCACCUGUUUCCUUGGGAUCCAUCAACUUCGGUCGCCAAUUUGACAGACUCGCAAAUUGUGCAACUCUGUAAUUUGAUAAAUAGCACAAAUAAUGGAAGUUUUGUUGAUGCUAGCGAUGUUAAUACAUCUGCUGAACACGUCAGACCAUCAAGUUUUUAUAUUUGGGGAAUUGGUUUGGCAUUUGUAACUUUGAUCAAUAUGUGUGCGGUUAUUGGAAUUGGAGUUAUGCGAUAUCUCACGAAGAGUGUUUAUAAUCAGGUGAGAUUUUGCGUUGUUUUUUCAAUUCAAAAUUUUGAAAGGUCUCAGGAUUUACAAAUUCCAAAAAAAAUCUCCAAUUGAAAAUAUGGAGCUUCAUGGUCACACAUACGCUAAAAACUCCAGACUCUAUCUCAAAUUUUUGCAGAUAAUCACUCUAUUUGUCGGUCUUGGUGUCGGCUCCUUAUCUGGUUCUAGUUUCUACCAUCUUCUUCCACAAGCCCAUCCAAAACUCAUAGACGAAGUCGACGAAUUCGGCCAUCCUACACAUUCCUAUUUGCAUAUGGCACAUAUCUCAAUUCUCGGUGUUUACGCCUUCUUUUUCUGUGAUAAAUUGAUCAAAAUUGUAUUAGAAGUUCGUAAAAAGAAUCAACAUAUUCAUCAUAAAAGAAUGGAAGAAAUUGAAUCGGAAAGAACAAUUGGAGGAGAUGAAUUAGAAGCUGGAGAGCGAGAAGAGGAAUUGUUGAGACAAACUUUGAAAAAAGGAGUGAUGAGCAAAGCGGAUUGUGAUGAAACGGAAAUGAUGGCAUUGGAAAAGAAAUCGGGAAAAUCUAUGGGAGAUCAGGUACACUUUUAUUUGCUUUUGAAAAAUGCGGGAUUUUUUCUAAAAUUCAAACUAUUUUCACAUUCUCCACGUACAUACAUCGGUUUCUCCCGGUCAGGGUCUCAAAAUUAGCCACCCCCAGAAUGUGAAAAUACAAAAAUUAGCCAGACCCCCUCAAAAUAAAGAGAAAAAACUUGGUUUUUUGGGGGUAAAUUGUUAUUUUUUCAAAAAGUUAGCCGGUCCCCACCCCUUUUUUCCAAAGUUAGCCAGACCCCCUCCGGACGAAAAUCCGGGGAUACUGAUGUAUGUCCACGUAAUAAAAACCAAAAAAUUCCGCAUUUUUCAUUGUUUUUUCCUGAAACAAAUAAUGUAUGCUGUUUUUAUAGCUAAAACCAAAAGUGAAAUUGUCAAAGCCUCAAAUUGUACUUAAGUUUUUCUAUGUUGUUGUUCUAGGCUUUUCUUGUAACCCGUGUGCUCUUUUUGUUGUUUUGAAAUUUAAAAAGAAUUUCAACCAAAAUCAAAAUUCCAGACAACACAUACACUUUCGCCAAGAAAGUGCUUACCGAAAGCGGUUUGUACGUUCAAGAAAACGAGUGAGGUGAUUACUUUUUACUGAUAUCUUUUGAGUCACUUUUUUUGGGGGAAUAUGCAGAUCAAUAUUUUUUUAUAAAACAAAAAAAGUCCCAAAACUUCUUUAUUUUCUCAGGCUCACGGAAUAUGUGUCCACGAUCAUUCAAUCGAAUUUCGCAACGGUGAUUCUGCCAUUGCCGCCGUUGCCUGGAUGAUUAUUUUCGGUGACGGACUUCACAAUUUCAUUGAUGGAAUAUCGAUUGGAGCAGCUUUUGCUGAAUCGAUUCAUUCGGGUUUAUCGAUUUCGUUGGCGGUUUUGGCUGAAGAAUUUCCGCAUGAACUUGGUAUGUAAUUUAAAGUAUGAUAUUCGGUCAGACUUCACUUCAAUGAAAUUUAUAUUGAACAAUUUCUGUUCAGUUUUCAGAAAUCUCAAAAUUAUUAAAAUUUUGAAAAAAAAAUUUCUAUCGAAGAAUUUUAGAUCGGAAAAACCCACGUUGCAAUUUAUUGUUUUACUCUGGCUGAAACUUUGAAAAAAUCAGUUUUUUUACAGGAGAUGUUGCGAUAUUAGUCGCUUCGGGAAUGUCACUCAAACAAGCAAUGAUAUACAAUCUUCUCUCCGCAAUCACAUGUUAUAUUGGUUUUUUCAUUGGUGUAGCAAUUGGUGAACUCGGUCCAGACACUUCAAAAUACGCGUUCGGUUUGGCUGGCGGCAUGUUUUUAUAUAUCUCUUUGGCUUGUAUGAUGCCAGAAAUGAAAAAAGCGAUGGAAGAAGCAUUGAAUGUAUCACUUCGUCAUGGAAUUUAUGUGCUUUUCCUUCAAACAAUUGGCCUUUUUACUGGUCUUUCUCUCAUGUAUAUUAUGGCCAGAUAUGGUGAAGAUAUAUCCAUUUGA